CUCUAUUUUGAUAGUUUCUAUGUUGUUCUUCUGUCUAAAUUCUUACAGACUAUUACACCAUCACUUGCUGUAUGAAAUUACUUAUUGUGUUUGUGGGUCAUCAGGAUGAAUUCAGUGCACCAGGCCUGGCCCUGUCGCAUCCUGGGGUCCGAGGUGGGCGUGGCCGACCGGCUAUAAGCCUGGGCUGCAGUGGCUGGGUCUGAGCUGUCAACUUCAGGUGCAGCGGACCGAACGGGCGAUGGACAGCCGGGGCCGGCUGCUGCUGUGGCUCGGAGCCGCGGGCACCAUUCUCUGCUCCAGCUCAGGGUCCCAGGUGCGCUUUCCGUUAUCCUCGCCCCUGCCAGCUCCCAGCUCCCGGGACCCGAAAGUCACCGCCCCGCUUAGCGGCGUGGAGCCAACUCUCCCGUUAAAUCCCUCAGGCACCGAGCGGUCUUGGCAGUUCUCCACCUGCGGGGCCAGCGGCCGGCGCGGGCCCACACAGGCACAGUGCGAUGGGACGUACGCGGGGAGCGGCGUGGCGGUCACUGUGGGCGCCGCCGGGCGGCUGAGAGGCGUGCAGCUGUGGCGGGCGCCAGGCCCCGGCCAGUACCUGAUCUCAGCCUACGGCGCCGCGGGCGGCAAAGGCGCCAGGAACCACGUGUCGCGGGCGCACGGCGUCUUCGUCUCAGCGAUCUUCUCCCUGAGUCGCGGGGAGCCGCUUCACAUCCUCGUGGGGCAGCAGGGAGAGGACGCCUGUCCUGGGGGUAGCCCGGGGAGCCGGCUCGUCUGCCUCGGAGAGUCUCCGGCCGCUGGAGAGCACGCGGCGACGGACGGGACCGAAAGGGUCCCGGGGUCGCGGCGCUGGGCCGGAGGUGGCGGGGGUGGCGGUGGCGCCACCUACGUCUUCCGGGUAGGUGCUCCCCGGGCGCGGGUCGCCCUCGCCCCCAGCGCUCGGCGUUGGGGUCCCAGUCCUCUUCCCAGAGGCGCGCGCACGCGCUCUACGUCCGUCCCUCGGGGUCCCUCCAACCCUGUGCUGCGCGGGGAGCCCCUGCCAUUUUUAGGCCCCCGGGACGGAGCUUCGCGCAGUGCGGGUGUCCUACCUCGACGGCUGGAGUGCGCGCCCCUCAACGCCCCGCUGGCCCCACAGCUGCGCGCUGGCGAGCUGGAGCCGCUGCUGGUGGCGGCCGGAGGCGGCGGUCGUGCCUACCAGAGGCAGCGGGACCGGGGCUGGGCUCAGGCCACCCCCGAGAAACUGGAGAACCGCCCAGCGGCGCCCGGGAGCGGCGGGAGAGGCGGGGCGGCAGGGGGCAAUGCCUCAGAGACUGACAACCACUGGGCUAAUGGGGAAGAUGGGGUAUCCUUCAUACACCCCAGCAGCGAGCUCUACUUGCAGCCUCUGGCAGUCACAGAGAGCCACGGAGAGGUGGAGAUCCGAAGGUAUCUUAACUGCAGUCAUUGCCCGUUGAGAGAUUGCCAGUGGCAGGCAGAGCUCCAGUUGGCUGGAUGCCUGUGCCCAGAGGGCAUGGUGCUAGCUGUGGAUAACAUCACCUGCAUGGACCUGCCCACCCCCCCAGGCCCUCUGGUUCUGAUGGUGGCUGUGGUGGUGACCUUGACACUGAGCCUCCUUGUGGUGUGCGGGGUCCUGAUUCUGGUGAGCCAGAAGAAGUGGCAGGGCCUGUGGGGGAUGAGGCUGCCAGGCCCUGAGCUUGAGCUGAGCAAGCUGCGAACCUCUGCCAUCAGGACAGCCCCCAAUCCUUACUACUGCCAUGCGGGCCUUGGCCCAGCUCAGUCCUGGCCUCUGCCCGCAGGGCUCACCGAGGUUUCCCCAGCCAAUGUCACUCUGCUCAGAGCCCUGGGCCACGGUGCCUUUGGGGAGGUGUACGAGGGACUGGUAGUUGGCCUUCCUGGGGACUCCGGCCCGCUGCAGGUGGCUAUCAAGACCUUGCCAGAACUCUGCUCUCGUCAGGACGAGCUGGAUUUCCUCAUGGAGGCGCUCAUCAUCAGCAAGUUUAGCCAUCAGAACAUCGUGCGGUGUGUGGGGCUCAGCCUCCAGGCUGCCCCUCGCCUCAUUCUGCUGGAGCUGAUGUCUGGAGGAGACAUGAAGAGUUUCCUGAGGUGUAGCCGGCCACACCUGGGCCAGCCAUCGCCUCUGGUCAUGCAGGACCUGCUGCAGCUGGCCCAGGACAUAGCCCAGGGCUGCCACUACCUGGAGGAAAAUCACUUCAUCCACAGGGACAUUGCCGCCCGGAACUGCCUGCUGAGCUGCACUGGGCCAAGCCGAGUGGCCAAGAUUGGGGACUUUGGGAUGGCAAGAGAUAUCUACCGGGCCAGUUAUUACCGAAAAGGGGACCAGGCCUUGCUCCCAGUCAAGUGGAUGCCCCCAGAGGCCUUCCUGGAGGGCAUCUUCACAUCCAAGACAGACUCCUGGUCUUUUGGGGUGCUGCUCUGGGAGAUCUUCUCACUGGGCUACAUGCCCUACCCUGGGUGCACCAACCAGGAGGUGCUGGACUUCGUCAUCGCAGGGGGCCGGAUGGACCCUCCUAGGGGCUGUCCAGGGCCUGUGUACCGCAUCAUGACCCAGUGUUGGCAGCACCAGCCUGAGCUCCGCCCCAGCUUUGCCAGCAUUUUGGAGCGUCUUCAGUACUGCACUCAGGACCCUGAUGUGCUAAAUUCACCCCUGCCGGUGGAGCUGGGGCCCACCCUGGAGGAGGAGGGGGCUUCUGGGCUGGGGAACAGAUCUUUGGAGAGCCCAAGAUCCCCACAGCCCCAGGAACUGAGUCCAGAGGGUGUGACAAACUGGGGAGGGAGCCCUCUUGGCUCCUGGCUGUCCUCUGGCCUCAAGCCCCUCAAAUCCAGGGGCCUCCAACCUCAGAACCUUUGGAAUCCCACCUAUGGCUCCUGGGCCCCAAGGGGUCCUGAGGUCAAGGACUCAGGCACUGAUGAUAGCAAUGGCUCCUUUCUGCACUCCUCAGGCUUCUAAGUCGCUUGUAAUUCCAGUAGCCUCUCUCCCCUGCAGUCUGCGUGUCUGGGCCUGUCUCAGGGCUGGCCUGGCAGCACUGGACUUUCCAUGCUGGAAACCAACUCCAGGCCUCCUGGGGAAGGGCCAGGCCACUUCUAGCUUUUGAUUUUGGGGACCAGAGGCCAACCCCCAUACCCCAGGUGUCCGUGAGGAGUCCUGGAUUGCCUUCUCCUAUGAACAUCCUUCAUCUGAGCAGUCCCCAACCUCGCAGAUGCUUCUAAUAAAAACCUCUUCUCACA